AUGGCUGCUGCUAGGACGCUUCGCAUAGGUCUCAUCCCCGGAGACGGUAUCGGGCGGGAGGUCAUUCCGGCCGGUAGACGGGUACUGGAGUCGCUUCCUUCGUCCCUGAACCUCAAGUUCAGCUUCGUCGAUCUCGAGGCUGGUUUCGACACAUUCAAGAAGACCGGUACUGCUCUGCCCGACAAGACUGUGGACACCCUGAAGAAGGAGUGCGACGGUGCCCUGUUCGGCGCAGUCAGCUCCCCCAGCACCAAGGUCGCCGGCUACUCGUCCCCCAUCGUCGCUCUGCGCAAGAAGCUGGACCUCUACGCCAAUGUGCGCCCCGUCAAGUCCACCGCCGGCAGCGGCAAGCCUAUUGACCUGGUCAUCGUCCGCGAGAACACCGAGGAUCUCUACGUCAAGGAGGAGACGACCCGGGAGACCCCCGAGGGCAAGGUCGCCGAGGCGAUCAAGCGGAUCUCCGAGCGGGCCUCGUUCCGCAUCUCCACCAUUGCCGGCGAGAUCGCCCUCCGCCGGCAGCAGAUCCGCGACGCCAGCGGCGACUCGAGCCUCCGCACCAAGCCCAUGGUGACCAUCACGCACAAGUCCAACGUGCUCUCGCAGACCGACGGCCUGUUCCGCGAGACCGCCCGCAGGGCCCUGGCCGCGGACCGCUUCGCCUCCAUCGAGGUCGAGGAGCAGAUCGUUGACUCCAUGGUCUACAAGCUCUUCCGCCAGCCCGAGUACUACGACGUCAUCGUCGCCCCCAACCUGUACGGCGACAUCCUGUCCGACGGCGCUGCCGCUCUCGUCGGCAGCUUGGGUCUCGUGCCCAGCGCCAACGUCGGUGAUGGCUUCGCCAUCGGCGAGCCCUGCCACGGCAGCGCCCCCGACAUCGAGGGCAAGGGCAUCGCCAACCCCAUCGCUACCCUGCGCAGCGUCGCCCUGAUGCUGGAGUUCUUGGGCGAGGCGCAGGCCGCCGCCAAGAUCUACGCCGCUGUUGAUGGUAACCUGAUCGAGGGCAAGUACCUGUCUCCCGACAUGGGCGGCAAGGCUACUACCCAGGAGGUUCUGGACGAUGUUCUCAAGAGACUGUAG